UAUUUUUUUUUACGCGCGCGUGUGUAAAAGUUAAAAGCUUCACAGCUUUGUUGCUGACAAAAUGGUGCUAACAACUACAGAUGUCGCCGACUUUAAGGAACGGCUUAUUGCCAGCGUUAAGAAGGAGGUUAAGCAACUGAUGGAGGAGGCGGUCACCAAGAAGUACGUGCACGAGGAGAGCAGCUCGGUGACUUCGCUCUGCGCCGCCGUCGAGACUUGCCUCAGCCAGGGAUUACGACGACGUGCUCUCGGCCUGUUCAAGACCUCGUCGACGACAGCACUGUUGCACAAGAUAGCCAAGACAUGUGCCGAGGCGGAGCAUAUAAGCAAAAUGGUGCAGGCAAUUGAGGCCAGCGAUCCCAAUAAGCGUUCGUCUUCGAGCAGCGACAGUUUCAAUCGACCGCCCAUGCUCAAGAAGGGCAGCAACAGCUCCAUGUCCACCACGAACGCAACAACAUCAUCCGCUUCCGGUUCCACAUCCGUUACGGCCUCAUCAGUCUCCGUUAGCGCCAGUAACUCCAGCAUGUCGCUGGCAACCAUGAAAUAUCUUUGGAUACGCUUGGCCCUGUUUGAGAAGCGUCUGAACAAGAUCAUUGAGUAUCUGGUGACCAAUGCUCAGAGCUAUUAUGAUCGCGACUCCCUGGUGGCCGAUCCCGAUUAUGGCUCCAUACUCAGCUCCCUGCUGGUCGGCCCCUGUGCCCUGGACUUUACACGGGCCAAAACUGCAGAUCACUACUGGACAGAUCCGCAUGCCGAUGAGCUGGUGCAACGUCAUCGGAUCAGCUGUCGUCGUUCCUCGUCCACCUGUUCGAGACCACCGAUUAUUAACUUCAAGCGUAGUCUGAACACCAGCUCGGAUGAUGCCAGCAGCUGUUCGUUCAAAUCGAUGUCCUCGUGCUCUGUGGCCAAGGACUAUGUGGAGUCACUGCAUCAGAAUGCUAAGGCCACACUGCUCUAUGGCAAGAACAAUGUGCACGUGUUGCCCAAGGAUGUAGUAGAGCUGAUGGCAGGCUAUUUGAGUCUGCAUCAGCAUAUCCAAACUUUGACCAUUAAGUGGACGCCCAAUCAGCUAAUGAACGGCUACAACGAUACCGAAGAGGAUGAAAUCGAUAAGGAGGCCUACUGGGCAUAUGCGCUCAAUAUAAAUGUGGACGAGAUUGUAUAUGUGCAUUGUCACCAGAGUCGCGGUGAGGACAGCGGUGGCAUCGUUAUCCUCGUUGGCCAGGAUGGCGUACAGCGUCCGCCCAUACACUUCCCAGAGGGCGGGCAUAUGCAGCAGUUUCUCAGCUGCCUGGAGACGGGUCUGUUGCCACAUGGACAGCUCGAUCCGCCACUCUGGUCGCAACGCGGCAUUGGUAAAAUGUUUCUCUGGCCCAAAAGUAUGCGCCGUCGAAUUCUGCCCUCCGUCAUGGAGUCGGUGGAUGAAACGCCAAUCGAUUAUGUCUUUCGCAUUGUCAGCAAGAGUCGCCACGAAGAGUUUGCUGCCACACAUUCGAUACUCGACUUUGUCCGUAGCACUCCGAGGCGUGCUCAAUUGAGUAGCUGCUCGACCACUGGCAGCAGCGACUGCUCCAACAAGAGCCUGUCCAUCGAUCAGCAUCCGCUGGAGUCGCCUCUGUUGCAGCAACAGAGCCAGAACACCAGCAUCGAGAUGGUCUGCUCCACGAUGCGUCGCCAGAUCAUCUCGCGCGCCUUCUACGGCUGGCUGGCCUACUGUCGCCAUCUAUCCACUGUGCGUACGCACUUAUCCGGACUUGUUCACGGCCGCAUAACUCCGGAAAUGAAAGCAGACGAGGAGGGGCUGACUAAGGAGCGCUGGGAACUGCUUCAUGCGGAUGGGCUGCUGCAGAAUCCCGUUGAGUUCUAUCGUCUCAUCUAUUUUGGUGGCAUACAACCGGAGUUGCGCAAAGAGGUGUGGCCAUAUUUGUUGGGGCAUUAUGCCUUUGGCACCACACGGGAGGAGCGACAGAAACAGGACGAGACAUGCAAGCACUACUACGAGACCACAAUGAGCGAAUGGCUGGCCGUGGAUGCCAUUGUGCAGCAGCGGGAGAAAGAGAAGACGGCACGGGCUGUGGCCAAACUAAGCUCGGGUAGCAACAGUGGCAAUGAGCGAACGGUUCGCGCUGCGGACCUGGAUGCUGGCGGUGAGCUCGAGAACGAGGUGUUUGAGGACAUAUCGGAUAUUUCCGAUCCGGGCGAUCUAGAGUUUGACGAUGAGCAGCGACAGCAGCAGCAGCAGCUGCUGCAGCAGGAGGCAUCGGUUGUUAGUGCCUCGCAUCUGAGCGUAAAGCCCAUUCCACGUGCAAUGAAAACUAGCACUGAUUCCGGUCAUGUUGACGAAAACCUAGACGACUUAGAUGAGGAGGAGGCUGAGGAGGAGGAGCAGCGCGCAGAGCUGGAGCAGAAGCACCACCAGCCGCCAAAACAAAUAGAUGCAAAUGCAGCCAAGGUGCAGGAAAAAGAGAGACAGACAAGCUGCUCAACUUCCACCACAUCCUCCUAUGAGACAGUCGGAGGUGCACCACAACCCGGCAGCGUACUCAGUCCGGAAUUUCUCAGCGCCGAUGAUCUGCAGGCACAGCUGCCCGACGACGAGGAGGCUGCCAAAUUGCCGGCGCAACAACAGCAACAGCAGCAACAGGCAGCUGUCAUCAUUACGAAUGCUUCGGUGGAUAUUGCCAACUGGGAGCGCAGUCCCAAGUCUGGUGCCAAUAGCGAGAUGCCACCGCUGACCGAACAGCUGGAGAACGGCGCCAAUGCGCCCAAUCUGGAUGCGCUGCAGCAGCCAAAAUCUGCCUGCGCCUCCCCAGCCAGCUCCAAUGGUGGCAUCUACAGUAGCGAGCUGCUGGAGCAGUUUGGCCUGAAUCUGCAUCGGAUCGAGAAGGAUGUGCAGCGCUGCGAUCGCAACUAUUGGUACUUUGCCAACGAGAAUCUGGACAAGCUGCGCAAUGUGAUAUCCACGUAUGUGUGGGAGCAUCUGGACGUUGGCUACAUGCAGGGCAUGUGCGAUCUGGUCGCUCCGCUGCUGGUCAUCUUCGAUGAUGAGUCGCUCAGCUACAGCUGCUUCUGCAAGCUCAUGGAGCGCAUGAUCGAGAACUUUCCCAGCGGUGGUGCCAUGGACAUGCAUUUUGCCAAUAUGCGCUCACUCAUUCAAAUACUCGACUCGGAGAUGUACGACUUGAUGGACUCGAAUGGCGAUUAUACGCACUUCUAUUUCUGUUACCGCUGGUUCCUCUUGGACUUUAAGCGCGAGCUCAUCUAUGACGAUGUCUUUGCCACCUGGGAGGUCAUCUGGGCGGCCAAGCACAUUGCCUCCGGUCAUUUUGUGCUCUUCCUGGCGCUGGCUCUGCUCGAAACCUAUCGCGACAUCAUUCUGUCCAACAGUAUGGACUUUACGGAUGUCAUCAAAUUCUUCAAUGAAAUGGCCGAACGACAUAAUGCCCAAGCUGUGCUCCAGCUGGCUCGCAGUUUGGUUUUACAGCUGCAGAUGAUCAUUGAGAACAAAUAAGUCAAUAAUCGUUUAAUUUAUAAGCAGAAUCACGAAUAUAAAGUGUUUAAAUAGAAGUUGUAGCUGUUUUAUCUAUGUUUUGCCAAAAAAGAAAAGAAAAAAGAUAAGUAAAUGCCACAUAUUCUCCCAAGAGGCACAAAAAAUGAAACAU